AUGACUUACAAUCAGCUGCAUCUCAUCCUCUUGCUCUCGCCGCCAGCAGCAGGAAGAAAGAGAGAAGAAAAACAACAAAGAGAGGAAUCUGUAAGCAUGAUGGAGAUAGAUAAAGAAAGAGAAAAAGAAAAAGAACAAAAAGAAAAAGAAAAAGAAAAAGAACAAAAAGAAAGAGAAGAGAGAGAAAGAAAAGAGAGAGAAAGAAAAGAGACAGAAAGAGGAGAGAGACAAAGAGAAAAAAGAGAAAGAGAAGAAAGAGAAAGAGAAAAAAAAGAAAAAGAAAGAGAAAGACAAAGACAAAGAGAAGAAAGAGAAGAGAGACAAAGAGAAAGAGAAGAAAGACAAAGACAAAGAGAAACAGAAAGAUAUAGAGAAGGAGACAGAGAAAGAGAAGGAGACAAAGAAGGAGACAAAGAAGAUAGAGAUAGAGAAGAUAGAGAUAGAGAAGAUAGAGAAAGAGAAAGAGAAGAUAGAGAAGAGGAGACAGAUGAGGAGAAGAAGAUAGAGAUAGAGAAGAUAGAGAAAGAGAAAGAGAAGAUAGAGAAGAGGAGACAGAUGAGGAGACAGAUGAAGAGACAGAUGAAGAGACAGAGGAGGAGACAGAGGAAGAACAAAGAGAAAGAGAAGAAAGAGAAAGAGAAGAAAGAGAAAGAGAAAGAGAAAGAGAAAGAGAAGGAGACAGAGAAGGAGACAGAGAAGGAGAUAGAGAAGAUAGAGAAAGAGAAGAAAGAGAAGAGGAGACAGAUGAGGAGACAGAUGAAGAGGAGACAGAAGAGGAGACAGAACAAAGAGAAAGAGAAGAAAGAGAAAGAGAAGAAAGAGAAAGAGAAGAAAGAGAAAGAGAAGAAAGAGAAAGAGAAAGAGAAAGAGAAGGAGACAGAGAAGGAGACAGAGAAGGAGACAGAGACAGAGAUAGAGAAGCGGAGGAGGAGACAGAUGAAGAAGGAGAGACAGAAGAAGAGACAGAAGAAGAAGAAAUAG